GAGCAACAGUUGCGGAGCGCAAGGUUUUGCUGGGAGAGAAACCCCAUAGACAAACAUAGAGUGAUCCAAUGAAGCUUUUGCUCCAAUCCCUCACUGGGCACUACAGGUCAGUGGCUCGAGUUCUGGGACGCCGGUACUUCGCGGCGUCCACCGAAGAAUACGCCAAGCGAAACUACGCCAACAAUGCCUCCGAGUACAACACUGUCGUCGGCGCCCUCACUGCCCAGAGAAGGCAUUUCUUGUUGAGGGAUGUGUACGAUGACAUGAUGCUGGACGGGGUGCAGCCCACGAGGGACGUGUUCCACUCGCUGAUAGUGGGGACAUUGAAAGGCGCGCGCUUGGAGGAUGGUUUCUACUUCAGGGACCAAAUGAAAGCCAUGGGUUUGCUUCCUGAUGUUAAUUUAUACAACAUUUUGAUAUCAUUAUGCGGGAAAUGCAAAAACUCGGACCAUGCAAUCCAGAUGUUGGAGGAAAUGAAGAAAUCUGAAGUAAAGCCAAAUGCGCAGACUUUUAUCUGUUUACUCAAUGCAUGUGCAGCAGCAGGCCGAUUAGAUCGAGUGUAUGCAAUUGUCCGUGAUAUGACUGCUGCUGGUGUUGGGUUGAACAAGUUCUGCUAUGCCGGACUUAUAGCUGCACACAAGAACAAGACACCUGUAGCAGAUGAUUUCGCCACCAAAGUCAUUGAGUUUGUUGAGCGGUCUAAGGCGUUUUUAGCAGUUGAUAAUACAAGCGUCACUGCUGAAAAUUUGAUGAUGGGCAUUUCAGAAGAGGAGUUGUAUAAUUUACCCACUGCUGAAUUUGUUCAUAGGCGUGGGAAUUUUUUAGUUAGACAACUAACGGUUUAUCAUGUUGCACUUCAUGCUUGUGCAGACCUCAGGAAUGUAGAGGUGAUGGAGACUCUGUUGGAAAUGCUAAAGAAUGAUGGAAAAACUCCUGAUGUCUUCAUCGUGAUGCAAGUUAUGAGGUGUUAUCUACAUUCUGGAGACAUUGAUCGUGGUCUUAAAACUUUUGAAGACUACAUGAAUUCAGGGAAUCCUCCUUCGAUAGAACUAUAUGUGAUACUUAUCGAGGGAGCCAUGGUUGGGUAUACUCCCAAGGGACUGCAACUUGCUCAAGACACACUGGUAAAUAUGAAUUCCAGGGGAUUCUUCUUGAGCCAAAAAAUGGGGAGUGAUCUCCUCCUUGCAGCUUCUGGAGAAAAGACUGGUGGAUAUACGAUUGCCAACUAUAUAUGGGAUAUGAUGCAAGCUCACAAGAUUCCCCUCUUAUUUCCUGCUGUGGAAGCAUAUUACAAGGGCUUAAGAGACCGUGAGAUACCCGAAGACGAUCCACGACUGAUACUUGUUUCUCGGACUUACGACAACCUUCGCCCAAGAGCCGGACGGCCUUAGUUGGAUGAUAAGAAAAGAUGUCUUUAGGAUUAUUUCAGAUGGAAUGCAAGGAAACAUUUGUGCUGACCCAACCUCUGCUGUAUUAAGGAUCAUGUUGAAUACGUUGAAAUGUGGCUCUUUGAAAUUGUUCUUUAGCUUCAUACACCGAUUUGUUCAAAUUUUUGUUAGAAGAGAGAGAUGUUUCAAUGACAUGAUCUCGAUUUCUAAUCUCUUAUAUUUAAUAAGAAAACGUGUGCAUAGAGCCCAUAUAAAGUUUUACUA